AUGCCUCCCAUGCGUAUCCCCAUCAACCGCCUGGCCACGACGCUGCGCACAUUCUCGUCCGCCAGUCCAGCUACCCUGAGAACGGCAGCGACGCACCACCCUUCCCUCCACUUCAACUCCCAACAGCACAUCCUCCCGCACCGGGCGUCACAGAGGAUCCUCUCCAAGGCCUCGCAGACAGCCCGGACGGCGCAGACACACUGGUCGACGGUGCCCGAGGCCAUCCGCGACGUCACCAGUUACCUCGCCCUGGGGGCGUUGACCUCCGAGGCCGCCUUCCUGGUGUAUUGCUGGGACCAAAGCGCAGAUCUGACGGAUUUCCUGGCUGUCUAA